AGUAUUGCUGAGCAUCAAGUGAAUCCGUUACUGCAGACGCAAUGGAUCGCAAACCGAGCGGACGUCUGAUGCACUUUGUACUCGUCCUGAUGCUCCUGGAAGCUCACUGGAGUCUCGUGGUUUCGGGUCCGAUUCAUUCCAGCUGUCACGUUAACUUCAACAACACUAAGUCUCUCACGGAGUUAUUGAAACGCGAAUCAGAAGGGCUGCUGGAGAAAUACAUAGAGCAUCAUGGAACCAGGAACGGAUUGAUUCCAGAUGACGUUCCAAACUCCACAAUAUCUGGUAGCAACAUUUCGGAGAAGCUGCAGGACAUCUAUGCCAAGAUCGUGCUUUUUAUUCGGCACCUUUCACAAGUAGAAGAAUACCAACAGAAUCUUUUGACCAACCCUCAACCAGUUUUGGAACCUUUGAGACGUGUCAAGGGUGGACUCUCCAACCUUUUACAUAGAAUAAAGAAUGUUCUCAAACAUGUAGAUCCAGAAAACACCGCGCUGGCAACGCCGUCCUCACCAACGCUGUCCCACGAUGAUGCCUACGCAAAGAAAGAGUAUGGCUGGGGUGUUUUAGACAGACUGAAGGACUGGGUUGCAGAAGUGCUGCUGGUACUUAAGGAGGCAGAGAAAGUGUGUCUUGAAAACACAGCAUAAAUUCAGGUCGAUUAAAGAGGUAUUCCACCAAUUUAGCCGAAACCUUGACGAGAUAGUUUUGCUAAAGCUGCUAAAACAGUUGCGCGAUGUCUUCUGAGGCGCUUGAGCGAGCUCCUGCCUGUUUAUUUCCAGUAUUCUGACUGCGUUUGAGUUGAUGGUUGGCUGCAAAAUCGGGUGAAAAUCCACCAUCCACUGGAAACAAUGAGCUUGCUUUGCGCGACUUGGACAUUUUUAGUAUGAAAGCCUUGUUUUGUUUAUGUUCGACUACUACUGAGAUGAUAUUUAUGCAUAUUUAUUUGUUGACAAUGUAUAUGUAUGAAUGUAAAUUCCACCUAUUGUCAGCGGACACUGAUGUAGCUUAAACUGGAUUAUUUAUAUAUUUAUGGAAUAUAUAUUUAUUGUAUUUAUUAUUCUUAAACAGCAAUAAAACCGUUAUAUUAUUAUUAUUAUUUAUAUGAUGUAGCACCUCAAUUAAAGCAGUUUUUGCAAUGUACAUAGAAGAAAAGCCAGUAAAACACGUGAAGGCAAGUUUGGGAAAAGACGACCUGCCUUUGUUUUCAACAUGAGCAGCAUCUUUCUGAGUGUUGUAUCAUUUAUAUCGGUCCAGUGUGUAUUGAUUAGUAAUUUAUUUUAACACAUGUAAGCUGUGAGGGUUUUUUUGUUUGUUUGUUUUAUUUAUUUUGCUGUGAUGUUGAUGUGGACGCACUCAACUGGUGAUGAGUGAAACAGGUUGGCAUCAUUAGAUCGUCAGACCUGGAUGGAGACUGUUGGGGGGACGUGUCAAAGUUUUCUGUAAUAAACCAGAUAAAGUUGAAGAUGGUGCGUGCUCGAAUGUGUACAUAAAAGAACAAGUGAUAACCAGCAGUAACUAAUAAAUAUUAAAUGAAUGUU